GUCAGAACCAACAGUCAACAGAGAGAAAGAAAAGACGGCAAGAGAUGGCAGAUGGAGGUGCCGGAAUUCAGGAAAGCAAAGGGGAUGGACGAGAGGAGAACAUGGCAGCUUGGCUGGUUGGAAUCGAAAACCUCAAAAUUCAACCUUACCAUCUCCCUCCCCUUGGUCCUCAUGAUGUGAAAGUGCGUAUAAAAGCUCUAGGUAUCUGCGGAAGUGAUAUUCAUCACUUUAAGCAUAUGAGAUGUGCAAACUUUAUUGUGAAAAAACCAAUGGUGAUCGGGCAUGAGUGUGCCGGGAUCAUAGAAGAGGUAGGGAGUGAGGUGGAGUACCUGGCAGUUGGUGAUCGUGUGGCAUUGGAGCCAGGCAUCAGUUGCACGCAAUGUGAUCUGUGCAAGGAUGGUCGCUACAAUCUUUGUCGACAAAUGAAGUUCUUUGGUUCUCCACCAACUAAUGGUUCUCUAGCCAAUAAGGUGGUGCAUCCUGCAAGUUUGUGUUAUAAAUUACCAGAUAAUGUCAGCUUGGAGGAAGGAGCAAUGUGUGAACCUCUCAGUGUUGGAGUUCAUGCAUGUCGCCGAGCAAACAUAGGACCUGAAACUAGUGUCUUGAUCAUGGGAGCAGGUACUAUUGGCCUGGUAACCUUGUUGGCUGCUCAUGCAUUUGGAGCACCCAGAAUUGUCAUUGUGGAUGUUGAAGCUCGCCGUUUAUCCAUGGCAAAGGAUCUUGGUGCAGAUGAGACUAUACAAGUUUCAACAGAUAUUCAGGACAUCAGCGAAGAGGUGAGGAAGAUACAAAGUGCAGUACCUUCAAGCAUUGAUGUGACCUUUGAUUGUGUUGGUGUCAACAAAACCAUGUCUACAGCAUUGAGUGCUACUCGUUCUGGUGGCAAAGUCUGCCUUAUUGGAUUGGCCCAAACUGAAAUGACUGUCCCUCUUACUCCUGCAGCUGCACGGGAGAUAGAUGUAAUUGGCAUAUUCCGGUAUAGAAACACAUGGCCACUCUGCAUUGAGUUCUUGAGGACUGGGAAGAUUGAUGUGAAGCCCCUUAUAACAAACAGGUUUGGCUUCUCCCAGGAGGAGAUAGAAGAAGCAUUCAAAACUAGUGCUGGUGGGGGCUCUGCCAUCAAAGUUAUGUUUAAUCUGUAAAAGAUACAAAGUUAUUGCUCUCUUACAGGGACUAAUUUCAUGGAUGGUAAUUUGAAGGACAGACCAUCUGCUAAGGACAUCUUACAGCCCUCUAGUUCAAUAAGAGUACUCUACAUAUUUGAACAAUCUUAUCAUAGAAAUAAGUGUACCUGCCUUUUCUCCAUCCAGCUGAUAUGAUGAUUUUUCUAUUGUUUGCAAUGCAGUCUCUUACCAAAACAACAAAUUAGAGGAUAACAUGAGUUAUUGCAGGAGAAAGUUAUCAU